GGGCGGAUUCACCUACAAGUACAAUAAUCGACUCAAUAAUAUUUGGGUAUCAUAACACUUCUAAACUAGAGAACGUAAAUUAUACGAAUAAUACCACUUCUAAACCGGUAAAUUUAUGACACAUGCGAAAAACAUGUUGUCUAUAUAGAAAUUGUACAUAAAAUAUUAUAAUAUUUUUAUUUUUCAAUCAAUCGUUUCGAGAAUUUGACAUUCCUAUUCGCUGGACUCGUUCGUUUUGUAACACUAGCAGCUGAGAAAUUUCCAACUGUUUAUAAACAAAACGCGCUGCACAAAUAGAACGGUGCAUAUAAUCAAACUGAAUGGAAUUCAUUAUACCGAUUAUUAUUAAUUUGUAUUAAAAUGAACAGUAAACGACCGCCUAGUAUUUUUUUUCAAAAUCAACCGCCUUAUACUCACUUCAAUAAACCAUUUGAAGACACUACCGACGCGCUUUUCUGUCAUUUGAACGAUGUGCAUCCAGUUUUCAUGAAUCCUGAACACCAAGCAAGUGAUUAUAAAUACGAAAUUCUGUUGGAUCCACGUAAUGGAAAAGCGGUGGAUAACAUUAUAUAUGACAACUCAGGAGGCGUAAAAGAAAGGGUUGGAUUUUUUCAAAUUUUACUGCCUUCCCAUAUGACGAAAAAGGAUCAUAUCGUAGGAUUACGCGUAUUAGAAGCAUGGCAAGAAUACAAAGAAGUAAACGAAGAGGAUGUGGUUCGUUGGCGAAAACUAGACAAGGCAAGAAUGAGAGACAAAACUCGAUUUGAUCAAUAUGUUAUGGAGUUCUUCCGCACACAAAAGAAAUCGAUUUUCGCGCCAUGUAAACGUUUGGUCAAUCUUUACAAACAAUUAUAUACCGCAAAAUUAAAACAAUUAUUAGAGGAAUAUCCAAAUAAUUUGGCAUUAAACACAUGUGCCGGUCUGCCACAUCCACAAAGUUUUAACGGUAGUCAGAAUAAGUAUUUGCACAUAGAAGAUGUUCGUUUAGUUACACGUCGCGGUUGGGUACCAGUGCUAGGAAACUAUGUUAAUAAAUUCCAACGAUUAAAUUCGUGGAUAGAAAACUACAUGGAUUAUUAUAUUAGUAACAUGAAAUCUGUAUCCAAACACGAUAAUACAUGGCAAGAAAGUAUAAUAUCUGAAAAACCAGCGCACCAGAUUUAUAUACCAUUGGAAUCGCUAUUAUUUCUAUUGACAGCAGGCAGUGGCGCUGACUUGCCCACCGAAGUGCCUCUGGACAUUGCGGAUAACAGUGAAGGAAAUUUUAAAAUUAUAAAGUUUAAAGAACCGUUUCCACCCCGCGUUUGUGGUUGGUUUGCGCACAAACAAGUAGUGGAAAACGCAUUUGAAGCUUUGUUGAGUAGAAAUAACGAUACGCAGUGGUUGCAUGUGGAACAUUAUGAUGCCGAAUUGCGAAAAAAUAAAGAAGCACCCGAAAUUAGAGCUGUCAAUCAUUCGGACACGGAUUUUCGUGUAUACAAAAUUGAUGAGUAUUUAGAAAAAUUCACGAAUACAAAAGCUGAAGACUGUAUCAAAACUAAUUAUGCUGUUAUUGAAUGGGAUCUCAAUGGAAAGAUAGAUGAACAGAACACAACACAAUUGCAAUUUUUUACAAAAUUAAAAUGUUCACCAUCAAAUGAUGAAUAUGGCGUACAAUUAUUAAGCAGUCACCCACUCAAAUUAGAAUAUAAACCACAAUUCGGUGCCGAAGAAAUGACUAAGUAUGAAUUAAUACAAGAAUGGUUGCGAAUAAAGUUGUUUGGCCAGUGUAGAGGAUUUUCCAAUUACGCUAUAUGUCUUCGUAUUGCAGCGAAUGACUUCAGCAUGGAGUUGGAGCAUAAAAUAUUGUUAACAGGCAUCGAGAAACAACUCGCUGAAUUGCAUCAAAUAAAUAUGCCCAAAUUGCUAACAGGACUAGCAGAUACUUUAAAUUUAUUGGCGAAAAUGCCAACAGGAAAAUAUUUCUUGCGUUUCAAUUCAAAAUUUUCCAACACACUCUUGCUGUCAGCUCCAUCUAAAGAAAUCACUUCGAGCACAGUUUUCUUACAUUCCCUUAUUCAGGAGGAACCCUCCGAUUUAGUUUUUAUGACAGAAGUUCAGCACUUGCCAAUAAAUGACUCAUUGUGUAGUGCUCUACAUAAACACUACAAAAUUAUACCUUGUGCAUUGAGACCACGACUUCCGCAUCAAACACAACCCAAAAAAAUUAGCAAAGUACUCAGUGACGAGGAGUAUAUACAACGGCGUAUUAAGGCUAAAUUGGAAUCAGAGAAGAAAAGGAAUGAACAACGUUUGCAAUUAGUUAAAGCUCUUCGAAAUAAAGUCAAAGCGAAAAAGGCUUUGCAACGGCGAAAACGUAGAGAUGGCGGGAAAGCUAAUGAAGAAGCUCUGGAAAAAUUUAUAAAUGAAUUUUGAUUAUAUUAGACAUUUUAUUUGCAAAAUAAGAUUGGUUUCUAUUAAAAAA